AUAAAUCAAAACAGUUAAACUACUGAAUAAUGGCAAUCUAUUACGCACUUACCUUUGGUAUAUUGGUUACUGAGAUGGUCACCUUUGGUCUCCUUGUUCUCCCUUUACCCUCUCGCUGGCGUCAUGCUAUGCUUAAGUUUGCUUUAGGCUCUCCAGCAAUGGCAAAAGCCAUGUAUUUCUUCAAGAUCAUUUUCGGGUUUAUUUUUGUCCUGUUCAUUGAUACUAUUAGUCGACUCCAACGUAUUGAUUCUGAAGUAGAAGGGGAACAACAUCAUCAUGACUAUAGCUAUGAAACCAGUAUCAAGGCCAAGAAAUUUUAUGCUCAAAGAAACCUCUAUCUUACAGGCUUCACUCUCUUUUUAUCCUUAAUCUUGGAAAGAACUAGUGCGCUUGUAUUAGAAUUAUUACAACGUGAGGAAGAAUUGAAGAAGGCAAAGACACAGACUGCUGAUGUCACCAAGGAUCAACAGCGUUUGAUUGACAUGGAAGACGACUUUAAAAAGAAGGUUGAUGUAUUGAAUGUGCAAAUUAAGGAGUUGAAGCGUGAAAACCUCGACUAUGAGACUUUGAAAAAGCAGGCUGAUCAACAGGCAAAGGAAUAUAACAGAUUGGCUGAUGAGCAUAACAAGCUGGAAAGACUUUCGACUCCAGUUGAGGCCAGAAAAGACAUUUAAAACGGAUACCACACUUGCUUUUACUAAAAAAUAAAUACCUUUUUUCCUCUUUA